GCGGGCGCGGAUAACGCACGUUGAUAAGUCGCGCCGCCGCUGACCGCGCAACCACAUCAGAGAGAGAGAGAGAUCUCGCGAGAUCAUCCUUCGAUUUUCCACUGCGACCUUUCGGCAGAGACACGCACGACGCACACGUCGUAUGUACGGAGCGCUCGAGAUCGCGUUGUAGAGAGACGAGCGGACAAGCAGAGGAGAUCCAGAGUGGUUCUUCCGCGUACGUCAGCCCAGUGUUCGUCGUUGCAGCUCAUCUCGGGGUCGCGUGUCGCGAACGAUCGUGGGAGCGAGUGCCAAAAGUGAGAGAACUGAAGACGAGAGGCCUAAGUGAUCGAGGAAGAGCAAAGCCGAGAAAAAGAGAGAUAGAGAAGGAAGAGCGAGACAGAGAGAGAGAGGCUAGUUUCUUUGGACACCGGCGAAAGGAGAGCCAGAGACGCGCGAGAUAAGCCAGGACCGAGCGCGAAAACAAACAACGAAAUAAUGCAUCGCCAGCAAAACUCUCAGUCGUCGGCGACCAACGAGUUCGCCAUGUACCCGUCGGCCGCGUAUCAUUCCUCGCAUUCGACGCUACCCUCGUUGACGUCGCUCUCGUCGCCGUCGUCGGCGACGUCGACCUCGUCAUCGUCGGCCCCGUCGUCGUCGAGAUCGCUCUCGGCGUCGUCCUCGCCGAUUCUGCUGUCUGUCCUCACGUGGUCGUUGACGUUCCUGCUAAUCUCGUCUUGCAUCAACCUGACGGACGCGCGCACCCUCAACGGCCAUCCCCUGAGCAAAAGGUCCUUCUUCGACAUCCAGUGCAAGGGCGUGUACGACAAGAGCAUCUUCGCCCGUCUCGACCGCAUCUGCGAAGACUGCUACAACCUCUUCCGGGAGCCGCAGUUGCACAUGCUUUGCAAGAAAAAUUGUUUCACGACGGACUACUUUAAAGGAUGCUUAGACGUGCUGCUGCUGUCGGACGAGGUCGAGAAAAUCCAAAUGUGGAUCAAACAACUCCACGGAGCUGAUCCUGGGGUUUAGGUAGCUUAUUUUUCUUUAGUUUAUGAUUUCUCCUCUUAUGCGCCCCCUUUUGUUUCUCCGCUUUUCGUACAUAUAUAUAACGUACUAACCGUGUCCGCUUACUCUCCAUUAUCCUUCCUCGUCUCUAAUGUCCUCGUCCCGAUAUGUUUGAAAAUACGUGAACGUUUGAAAAUUACGUAGACGUCCGCGAGAUAGUAUAUUCCACCGAGAAAAGUAAGUUUUGGGGGGAUUUAACAGAAUUUUAAUCAUACGAUAACGACACGUGUAUAAAGAUUAUAUGUGCGGCGGUGUUUAGAUCGAAAGCUCUGUGCAAAUGCUUCGGACAAGGUUGAUAAUAAGCGAUGAGAGACCGGUAAGAACGCGAAGAUCCGAGAAUAAUGUGUUACGAAGGAUACAAGAGAGAGACAAUUAAAUACCUCGCUUACCGAUUUGAAGUGUAAACGCAUCGAGUUGCCGCAGUAUCGCAUGCAUAAUCGAUAAUUCGCGAAUAAGAUCGAAUUUGUCCGUGAGAGAAAAACCGGCUAUCGUCGAGCUAUCGACGCGUAUUUCUUCCCGUACCUUAUUUUGAUUUCAUCAUCAUUUGAAAUUACAUUUACGUUGCAUUUGGAUGCCACUACUUGGACGAACAUAACCGCGUGUAAUAUAGAUCUCUUCGCAUCGACGUAAUGAGUACGAGAGAUUAGGCAAGACUGCUUCAGCACAGCAUAUUUCACGAGCUGCAUACAAGUGCUGCUGCUUGAGGACGAGAAGGACAGACUCCAGGAGA